AUGGAAGGGAGUCCUCGCAACAUGCAACAUCAUCGCCCAGUAGCCCUCGAGGAAGAGGCCUCCAUCGUGCAGGUCUACCCACCCAUCGCUAAGCGAGAAGGCCUCAUGUGGUGGACCGGCCCACCAUCAACCACGCCAGAGACGGCAGAAUCUGAAGACGUAGUGGUGCUGCCGGUCGUGGGCCAAGUGGUGAGCCGGAGCCGCUUCAAGGACCUGCAGAGCCGCGCCGUGUCGCUUUUCCUGGCCUCGACCUUUGGCAUGGAGGACCGCCAGCGGCUGCAGGCCCGCCUGCACCCCUUCUUCCCCAGCCUGCUGCCUAGCACGAACCGCAGCCGCCGUAUCGUGGCGCGGCUCCUGCCAUGCGACCCCAGCCACACCCUCCAGUCCGUGCCACUCCACUCCGCCCUGGGCUAUCCGCUGGCGCGCCACGCCCAUGGCGGGAUCUCUCCUACCGACCCGGCCGGGACACCGCUGUGGAUCCGCUUCGGCGUGCGCGCACAGGAAAGCGAAGCCGAGGGUCAGGCGAUGCUGCUCGAGGAGGAGGGCGUGUCGGUUAUCUCGGAUGUCGAUGACACGCUGCGCAUCAGCGUCGUGGGCAAGCUGUCCCACUACUUCAAGAGCACCUUUCUCAAGGAGUUCGAAGACGUGCACGGCAUGGCCGAGCUCUACCAGGUGUGGGAGAGCACGCUGCAGGCUCGGUUCCACUACGUAAGCGGUACGCCGUGUCAGCUGUGGCAGCCCUUGAGCGCAUUCCUCGCCAACAAGGGCUUUCCCAAGGGCAGCUUCCACUUGCUCUCCUUCCGGGUGCGAGAGAUGCUGGGCAUGGAGGGUCCGUCCCGUCUGCAGGUCAAGACGGCGCACAUCGAGAGCCUGCUCCAGCGCUUUCCCCGGCGCAAGUUCAUCUGCGUCGGCGACACCUCCGAACAGGACCCCGAGAUCUACGUGGAGCUGGCCAAGCGCUACCCGGAGCAGGUCAAGGCCAUCUUCAUCCGCCGGGUGCCCGAGAUCCGCAAGCAGAGGCAGCGGGAGGUGGAGGCGGCGACCGACGAGACCGUCCUGCGCGCGACCGUCGAGGAGCGCCUGCGCACCCUGGCCAGCAAGGUCAAGCGCGUGCGGCCCUCCGGGAGCAGUAGCCCGACGGCGGCCCCGCACGGCUCCGCGGGCAGCAUCACCGGCCUGGGGCUGCGAGAGCGGUGGCGAGCGAGGGACGAUCAGCACCUUGGCAGUAGCACUACGACGACGAGGAAGCGGGACAAGAUGGCCAAGCUGCUCCACCGGCGAACCGAGAGCGAAACGACGAGUAGUAGUAGUACAGCCGACGGCGACGACAGACGGUGGGCCGAGCUGGGCGUGGCGGCGCUCGAAGGGAAGACGCUGUGGCGAGUAUUCGACGACCCCGGCGAGCUGCUGCACAUCAACUUGAUGCAAGUCGUGCUGUGA